AUGAGUGUCAGAGGAGUUUCGGGCAUGGUUUACCUCUCACUGUUUCUCAUGUGGCCGCUGUUGUCUUCCACCGAUGGAGGAGCUCUACCGACGCCGGAGGCUUUAAAUCAAACCACCGAAGUGAUGAGACAAGUCUCCCGGAGAGAAACACCGACUCUUCCGCCGCCGUACCUGCACCUCCCCGUGUUUAUGGACUCCAGGCUGCCGCUGAUGGAGAAGGAGCAUUUUUCUCCAGCCAGAGGCACCGGGCAAGAGCCUUUACCUGAGGCCGUCCGGGAAGUCCUCCUCCCGGUUCGGCCGAAGACCGGACAGCCUAGUGUUUCGGGUGUUUCCGUAAAGACUUCGUGCAAGCUGAAGAAAAUGCUGGUGCAGGUGCGGAGGAACAUUUUGGGCUCCGGUGACCCGCACUCUCAGAUCAAACUGGGGACAUGCCAGCCAAGUAAAUCUACGACAGAUUACCUUUAUUUUGAAUAUGACCUCGAUUUAUGUGGAAACAAACGCACGAUAAGUAAUAACCAGGUGGCCUAUUCAAACAUACUGCAGUAUGAUCCACCAAGGCUCCAAGGACCAAUCAGGCGAGCCGUGCCCUUCACCCUGCCCGUUGCUUGCUAUUACAACAGGUACCAAUACUCCUACAAAAUUGGCUACACACCAAAGAUGCGGAUGCGCAAGAUCUUCAAACCAAUGAAGAACAGAGUGAAAUUCAUUCUGACUCCAAGAAAUGCUCAGUGGGAAAGGCUUUCUCCCUCAGACCAGUAUGUGCUAGGGAAGCCCAUGUACUUUGAGGCCGAGGCUCCGUCCAUGUCCCAAGACGAAAGACUGUACAUCCACUCGUGUUACGCGACUCCCGAGAAGUCCCACACCUCCAUGCCUCAGUUUACAGUUGUGAAAAACUUUGGGUGUAUGGUUGAAAGCAAGGACAGCCGCUCCAGAUUCAUCCCAUAUAAAACCAAUGCUGUGAGAUUCUCUGUGGAUGCCUUCUUGUUCAAGGGAAUGACAGGCCGGCAGCUCUACAUGCACUGCAGCCUGUCCGUGGGCAGUUCUACCCCAACACCUACAGCAAAGUCCUGCAACUACAACACAAAAGCAAGAAGAUGGGUUGAGCUGUAUGGAUCAGACUCGGUGUGCACCUGCUGCGACUCCAACUGCAGCUCUGCUGCAUCCACUGUGACCAAAAUAAUCAGCAGCAGGCCGUGGACAAUAGAGCCAAACAUGAAACCCAGCACAGCCCCGAAGAGGAAGGCGAUGUCCACCACCGCCACCGCAACCACCGCCACCAUCACCAUCACCACCACAACAACAGCAGCAGCAGCACAACUACAGACUACCAGACAGGUGACCGAAUGGAGGACGACUUCAAAGCCUGAAAAGACAGCAGUGACUCCAAAGGGUAAGGUGAAGAGCAUGGUGAAGGAGUUGGAGUGGCCGUUCGGAGGUGGAGGAGUGACGUGGGUUGAGGUGGAAGGUGAGGAGAAGCAGGCGAAGGGCUCAGCUGUUGUGGAGGAGGAGAAGUUCACAGAACCUCGCACAAUAUUUGAAGAAAUCUUUGAUUUUGACAUAUAA